CCUUGCAGGCGGUGGUGGGCAGGCGCCUUUGCUUUCGCUUUGCAUGCAUCCUGGCGUUCCGCACUUCCGCUGCCAGUUAGUGCGUUGAUCUGGGCCAUAUCCUCCAUGGAGUCCACCAAGGGUAAGGACACCAGUACCGGAAAUGGCAAACCCGGAUGCCAACUUCCCUCUAUCUCAGGAGCAGCCUGUGAACCGGAGAAGGUUCCAGAGGAAAGCGACUUGGGCAUGACCAAGGUGGAAAGGAGCUACAAUGCCAAGAACAGUGACAUUAUAGAACCUGAGAAUUCCUUGGCCAACAAGAUGUCCUCUCAUCAGGACAAAUCAUCUUCUGAUGGCACAGGUCCGAGAGCCAUUGAGCCCAUAGGCCUCCUCAAGGUGUUGACUCCCUCUGACAUCACUGCGGGACGCAGUCAGAAGUCCUCCUCCUCCUCCUCCUCCUCGAUGUCCUCUUCCUCUGCGCAGUCUCAUCAAUCCUCUAAAGUUUCACUGCCCGGAAUCCAGAAGGAAAAUUAUCCCGAGGAGAUUAGCCUGCUUAAGUCACAGACAAAAGAUGGGCAUCGUCCCGAGUGGACAUUUUAUCCAAGGUUCAGCAGCAACAUUCACACCUACCAUGUCGGAAAGCAGUGUUUCUUCAGCGGGGUCUUCAAGGGCAACAGGAAGUCUGUGGCAGAGAGGACAGUGGACAAGACCCUCGGGAGGAAGAAAUACGAUAUUGAUCCCAGAAACGGAAUCCCCAAGUUAACCCCAGGUGAUAAUCCAUACAUGUUCCCAGAACACAGUAAAGAGUUCUUCAAGGCAGGAGCCACUCUGCCGCCAGUCAACUUCUCACUAGUGCCUUAUGAGAAAAAAUUCGAUACAUUUAUCCCACUGGAGCCACUCCCACCAAUUCCCAACUUGCCUUUCUGGGAGAAGGAGAAAGCCAAUAAUUUGAAGAACGAGAUAAAAGAAGUUGAGGAGCUUGACAACUGGCAGACAACAGCACCCUCCCUGCACAGUUUUUUCUCCUCUGGUGCUUCCAACUUUCCAAGACAACCCUGAGCAGAAAUGAGCCCCCAGCAUGCACUGACUGACCUCCAGCCAGCCUCUGCCAUUGCUGGGUUUUUGUUUUUCUUUCAAUUCUUUAUCUUUGACAUUGUCUCUACCCUAAGCCAUUUGUUUGACUCUAAGGAGGAAUCGCUUGCUGGGUUUUU